AUGGCAGUUGAGCAAACAGAUUCAACGCUGCCUGAGUCCCCUCCACAAUCUCACACAAAAGCCGGAUCUCCAGCAGUCAACUCCACAGCUACAAACACCAAGGCUCAAGGCACUAUUGUUCCCUCUAAUGGAAAUCUGAUAUCUCUUAAUGCCUCAUCUCAGAUUCCAUUAAAACUCUCAAAGGGUGUAGGAAAUUAA